CAUUUGUUUUUGCUCACUUGUCACUUCCCACAAAUCCUACAAGCCAUAUCACUCUCUCGCCCAAAAAACUAAGAGGGGUCUGGGGAAAAGAAGAAAAAGCAGAAAGCGCGUUUAUAAAGCAAACCAAAGCGCCACUGAGCUAACUCUGUGCGAACGAGUUCGUGACUCAGAAGAAGAAGAAAACAUGUCUGGUAUUGCUCGUGGACGACUCGCUGAGGAGCGCAAGUCGUGGCGCAAGAAUCAUCCUCAUGGUUUUGUGGCGAAACCGGAGACGCUGCCUGAUGGUACCGUGAAUUUGAUGGUGUGGCAUUGCACUAUUCCUGGGAAGUCUGGGACUGAUUGGGAAGGUGGCUUUUUCCCCCUUACAAUGCACUUCAGUGAAGACUACCCUAGCAAGCCUCCUAAGUGUAAAUUCCCACAAGGCUUCUUCCACCCUAAUGUCUAUCCAUCUGGAACUGUAUGCUUGUCUAUACUUAAUGAGGAUAGUGGGUGGAGACCAGCUAUAACAGUGAAGCAAAUUCUUGUUGGUAUCCAGGAUUUGCUUGACCAGCCAAAUCCUGCUGAUCCUGCUCAGACAGAGGGAUAUCAUCUAUUUAUCCAGGAUGCUACAGAGUAUAAAAGAAGGGUCAGGCAGCAGGCAAAGCAAUACCCACCAAUAAUCUAGUGAUACCACAGCUCACCUUAGGAACUGUUUUUGCAUCGUAAAUGCUCUCAUGCGCUAUAGCUUAAAACUCUUCUGUCAUCUGUGAUUGUUGGCUACAAUAUUUUGCAUACAUUAUGGUAUUUCUGUUUACUUUCCAAUUUGGAUUAAGUGUUAAUAUAUAAACAAUGUGGAAUCAACAAAUGAAUACAUGUUGGUGGCAUGUGCCUGAUGUUUGCUGAUGGAUAACAGUUCAGGUGAAUGAAUUGCAUGCGUGUCUUCUUUGA